GGUCACUAAAUGAUAACCCACUUCCGCUUUUGGGGAAUGCUGGGAAGCGUACCCAUGCUGGCCAAAUCCAAUAUGGCUUCCUCUGUUGGAACUUCUGCUCCCACAGGGAAGAAGAAAGGCAAAGUAAAGGGAAAGACGUUAAACUUGAAUGAAUUUCUUGGAGGAAGUGAAGGUACAACCGCUCCAGGCAAUAGCUAUGUCCUUAGAAGUCAGUCAUGGGCUGAUGCGUCAGAAGAUAUUGAUAAUAAUGGUUCUGAUUAUCAAGACGACUAUGGAAAAUCCACAGUGAAUCGGGCAGCCCUGCCGACAGCACCUAGAAGUGCUCAGCCAAUAGAAAUUGACAAGAGCAUGCUGCCAGAGAAGCCUCCAUACACCGUUUUUAUCGGUAAUUUGCCGUAUGACGUCGAUGAAGAAGACAUCGUAAAUUUUUUUCGUGGUUGUAACGGCCAAUAGUGAGCACUGAUAGUUAUGACGAUGGUCCUGGUUAUAGAGAUGGAUAUAGGGAUAGAGGAUAUGGUAGGGAUCGAGGCGGCUAUGAGAGAGACCGAGGGGGUUACGAUAGAGACCGAGGCUAUGAAAGGGAUCAAGGGGGCUACGAUAGAGACCGAGGGGGCUACGAAAGGGAUCGAGGUGCAUACGAUAGGGACCGAGGUGGUUACGAUAGGGACCGAGGCGGAUAUAAUAGAGACCGAGGUGGCUACGAUGGAGAUGGUUACGGUUAUAGAGACCGAGGUUAUAGGGACGGUUAUGGCAAUGGUGAUCGCUACAAUCAGGAUCGAAGUUACGACGGUUACGGUUAUAGAGACCGAGGUUAUAGGGACGGUUAUGGCAAUGGUGAUCGCUACAAUCAGGAUCGAAGUUACGACGGGUAUGGAAGUAGAGAACAGGGAUAUGGACGUAGGGAUCAGGAAUAUGGGGGUAGAGAUCAGGGAUAUGGGAGAGACAAAUAUGGCGGUGACCGCGGCUAUGGAAAUGACAGAAGCUAUGGAAGAGAUCGAGGUUAUGGAUACGACCGAGAUAGAAGAGGAUACGAUCGCUAUGAUCGAGGUGGUGGUGGUGGUGGUUAUGGAGAUCGAGAGGGUGGAUAUGAUGAACCACAUAGUGAUGAACCUCCAAAGGAAAGAAAGAAAUUAGUUCUCAAGCCCCGGUCGCAGCCAGUUGAUGGAUCUAGCAGUCAAACGUCGUCCUCAUCAAAUUCAACGUCAAAAAGCCAAUCUUCCAUAUUUGGUAAUGCUAAACCGGUUGACACUGCCGCUAGAGAGAGACAAAUAGAAGAGAAAUUACAGCGAGAACACGAGACUGAAAAGGCAGAUCUUGAAGAGUCAAGGAGAAAUCGACAAAUGAAUCGUGAGAGGCCACGGCGAGAUAGUGAAAGGUCAAACGAUGAAGGUAGAACGAGGCAUAGCAGUUCAAGUUCAACUGGAAAGGGACCAAGGCCAGUUAUGCUGAGGAGAGAAAGUGAGAGAUCCGAUGACGAGUCCAAGAAAGAUGACACUCCUCUUUCACCAAUAUCACCCAAAUCCCCCACAUCACCGCCACCUAGGAAGGAAGACCCUGCAAAGGUGUUGGUCCCUGCUCCUGCUCCUAAAGAAAAUGCUUGGGCCCAACGAAGAACAGGUCCGACUUCUCCUAGAUCAGAAUCAACUUCUGCACGAACGAAUGAAUCGCCUUCAGGUCCAAAGAAAGAUUCUAGACCAACUCAAGGCAAAAGCCGUGAUCCAGUUCGAAAAGAUGAGCGUUACCAUAGUGACAGACGACAUCCACAUAACGAACCUCAACGCAAAAACGACAAAGUACGAAAACCAAGAGAGAUUCCAAAAUAUGAAGAGAAAGCACCGCCAGAUUUUGCUCAGAAAAACAAAUUUGCUGGCUUAGCAGCGGAAGACGAUCUGUUUGAUGACGAUUGAAGAAAAAGCAAACAUUGUACCAGAAUCACGUUUUAAAUAGCUAACGAAAUUUGGAAUUGAACAUCUUUAAAAGAUAAAUUGAAAUAUAAUGAUAUCACUGUACAGUUUUGAUGAUGAAGUCUAUGAUGAGUGCAAAUUUUGUUGAAUAUAUAAAAAUGUCAUUUUCAUUGUAGAACAUGGUAAAUUAUUCAUCGUAGAGGGCGCACUCCAUUAUUUAACAAAAUGUACCCAUGAUGCAUUGUGUAGCUGUACUUGUAAGCAUGUGGUUCAGCUUAUACGAGAUAGUUGAUGUGGAAAUAAAAGUGAUUUUAAUUUCGACAGGAAUAAAUUUGGGCUGUUUUGUUUUUUUAAGUGGGACUAAACACAGGCCAAACUUUUUGUCCUUUUUACCGCAAAAUGGCGAAGCAUUUAGUUACAGUAGUUUUUCGUGAGUUAUUUGAAAAAUUAGUAAUGCAUGAAAAAUAAAUGCCUAAUGGCUAUACUAUUGUUUCAUUAGUGGAUAAAAAAUGACUACGCUAAUUGCUUGUUAGACUAACAACAAACAAGACAUUUUCAAGAUAAAAUUCCAUCUCGCCACUUUGCUAUAAAAGGGACAGUUUGUAACAAAUAUUUUAUUCCUUGUGAAAUUUUCCUGUGAUUCUAAUUCAAGACAUCUGGAUAAAUACAAUUCGUUUGAUUUAUAAGUCGUGUGGAUUAAAUUUCGUAUCUGUAUCAAGUUAUUUUGACGUAUAUAUAGUAUUGUUAUUUUUAAGUGCAAAUGUCCUAAUUUUGAAAUGCACUGCCAUGGAUUAAUUUCUUCUACUUAAAGACAAAACUUUCUGUAUGGAGCUAAUAAAAACAAAUUAAUAUCCAAAAUCCUUACUUUGUAUAUUUAAGUAAAUAAUAAGCAUUUAAUUAAAAAGUAUGAAAUAUGAA